UUGGUCAGGCCAACACGGAUUCGGAUGCAGUCAAGCCCGUUCCGACGACGUAUUGGCAGAGGAAAUCAAUUGGUUUCAACUACCGCGCAUGAUGUCUAUAGCUUGGCAGCUUUCCUGAUCAUACUCCGAUGAAAGGAUCUCAUUUUCGGGAUCCCAAUCUUAUUUAGUGUAUCUCCACGGGAGAUAUAGUUGAGCUGUUCUAUAUAUUUGCGACCAUGAGCGUGGCCAAGAGCUACAGACGCCGGGUCCUGACCGCUAUGAUACGGUCGCGAAUCGGUUCGACCUCAGAUACAUCUCUUUCCAGUCUUCAUAUGCCCUUGCCUUAUAUGGCGUCCAGAGAACAGCAAUCGCAGCCCAACGGACACGCGAUAUCACCAAGCCUAGCAGAGCUCGAAAGAUCUGAUGCGGGGAGACGGCGUCGAGAUAUGCAGUUCAGAACCGCCGCCAAGCACAAGCGUCGCCAAUGGGCUAUUUGGCGCCGUCAAUACCAGGCUGGUGACGAACCCGUGCAGCUUACCAAAGGUGGAGAUCCAUGGGAUGGUAUAGUUCUUCUGAAUGAUGCGGAAAAGACCGCAUUUCACGAUGAAUGGGUGAAUGGUCUGGAGCGCACGAAGGGCGGGAUCUAUGAGACCUACGGCGACCAUGCCAUCGGGCUGGAUCAACCGAAGCAGUGCUCUGUUCUCGGUUGUGACAAUAGCUGUUGGUGGAGCGAGAUGAAUCAUUCACGAUAUUCCAAAAUAGACGCUGGUUACGUGCCUCCGAGGACUCGAUCCAACCAUGGCGAGCCUUCUAUCCAGUCCACAGUAUCCGCACCUGGUACCACCUCGGUCACAGUAAACGCAGGAUCUGGGGGUGCGAGAAGUAUUACCUGUCACAUCAAUCGCCGGUAUGAUUCCGCGCCGAGCGGUAGUGAGCAGAACGCCCUGUUAACGGUCCUGUCGCAUGAAGCAGACACAGCACGGACGGAACAGAGCCUGUACGCCUCUGAUAUCUCAACGCAUGUACCCCCUCGAUAG